CAGCUUUUGACUGUUGUCUGUUUGCAUUUCACCAAAACUUUUAACAAGUUUCAUUUAUAUUUUUAAAAACGUUAUUUUAUAAACCUAUAAAUUUUACCCAGUGUCUUUAACUUUCCGAUUAUAUUAUAAACAAAACCCAAAAAUGAGUAGACAUUUAAAAGCAUUAAUUGGACCGUCUAUUCUUAAUUCAGAUUUAUCUAAACUUUACGAAGAAUCACAGAAAUUGUUAGACAAUGGAGCUGAUUAUUUGCAUUUAGAUGUAAUGGAUGGACAAUUUGUACCUAACCUUACUUUUGGCCAUCCCGUUGUAAAGUGCCUCCGAAGCAGAAUAAAAGAUGCAUUUUUUGAAACUCAUAUGAUGGUUGCUAACCCUGAACAGUGGAUAGCACCAAUGGCUGAUGCUGGGGUAAAUCAAUAUACAUUCCAUAUAGAGCCUGUAGAUAAUGUGGAGCAAGUUUGUAGAAAAAUCAAAGAAAAUGGCAUGAAGGUUGGUGUAGCUAUUAAACCAGGAACCCCAGUCUCAGAAGUGGAGAAAUAUAUAUCCAUAGCAGAUAUGGUGCUAAUUAUGACGGUAGAACCUGGUUUCGGAGGCCAGAAGUUCAUGGAGGACCAGAUGGAGAAAGUUCGCUACUUGAGGGAACAAUAUCCUCUUUUGGAUAUAGAGGUGGAUGGGGGGGUUGGUCCUGCUACUAUAGGAUGUUGUGCUAGUGCUGGAGCAAAUAUGAUUGUAUCGGGGACUGCCGUCACUGGGUCAAAAGAUCAAGCCGUAACUAUCAAACUAUUGAGAGAUACAGUGCGGAAGGCCAUUCUAAAAUAGCUCAUACCAAGUUUAACAUAAAUCGAAUAUUAUUGUUAAGUACUUAAAGUACACAUUCCUAUAAGCAUAGUCUUCCAUUUUGAUAGGUUAUGGUUGAAUAAAAAUUUUAUUUUUUU